UUCUAAACCCAUUUCAACUUUGACUUUGUUCCUCGUGUAGCCUGACUCCUAGCGUCGAAAGUGCCGGGUGGGAAUUUUUGAUAUUUCGCGUUCAAAGCUCCCGAUCACGACAUCGGCUCUUGGCUCCGGAUAUCCAUUUUAAAACCACACUACUGCCUGCAUCCACUAUCAUAUUGUUGGCCAUCAAUCUGGAAAUGGGGCUUGUCUAGUCAACCCCCCCAAAAAGAUAUAUUAUCAGUGUGAUCUCGAAAGUUUUCCCCCUCAGCACUUGAACAUAUUUUCAGAACCGCUCCGGUCGUCAAACGGCAACUUUCCACUGGCUUAGUGGUCCCGGGCACCGUCUUGCCCUACGCCGACCACAUCCCUGCCAUUCAAGGUACACUCAAGAGACAAGCAUGCCUCAAGAGUUCACAACCAAGGUUGGCCACGGCUUGGCCAAAGCCUUGGGAAUAAAGCUACCCUACCGGGAUCCCCUUGGAGCCCAUGCAGACCCCGUCACUCGGGGCGAAUCAACCUUCUCAUACGGCACCAUCGACACUUACUCCUAUCUUGAGCCCGAACCUACUUCUGCUGAAUGGAUCAAAGAAGUCUGGCCGUCCUGGCGCGAUGCUGGCGAAUACUUUUACCGACUCUUCCCCUUCCUCUCAUGGAUCACAAGGUACAACCUGCAAUGGUUCUUUGGUGACCUUGUCGCCGGUGUAACUGUUGGUGCUGUUGUUAUUCCCCAAGGAAUGGCGUAUGCCAAACUGGCAGAGCUACCAGUGCAAUAUGGUCUCUACUCGUCGUUUAUGGGUGUGUUGCUAUAUUGGUUCUUCGCCACCUCCAAGGAUAUCACCAUCGGGCCUGUUGCUGUCAUGUCCACGCUGGUUGGAACGAUCGUCCUCCAAGCCGAACAGGAGAUCCCUGAUGUCCCAGGUCAUGUCGUUGCGUCUUGUCUGGCUAUCAUCUGCGGUGCUAUCGUCUGUGCCCUCGGUCUCCUGCGUCUCGGAUUCAUCGUCGACUUCAUCCCCCUUCCCGCAAUCUCGGCUUUCAUGACCGGCUCUGCCCUCAACAUCGCUGCUGGCCAGGUCAAAAACCUUCUCGGAGAAUCGGCCGGCUUUUCGACCAGAGGCUCAACGUACAUGAUCAUCAUCAAUUCCCUCAAAUACUUGCCUACUGCCGACAUCAAUGCUGCUCUGGGUGUCACAUCCUUGGCCAUGCUAUACAUCAUCCGAUCGGUUUGCAAUUAUGGUGCGCGCAAGUACCCUGGUAAAGCCAAAGUUUGGUUCUUCGCGUCGACGCUGAGGACGGUCUUUGUCAUCCUUUUCUACACCAUGAUCAGUGCUGCUGUCAACCUUCACCGCAAGGAUAAUCCGAUGUUUAAUGUUCUGGGCAGUGUGCCACGAGGUUUCAAAGAUGCGGGUGUUCCGGUGGUCAAUGCCAGGAUCAUCAAAGUUUUUGCCAAUCAGCUACCUGCUUGCGUCAUUGUCCUCCUCAUUGAACAUAUCGCCAUCUCAAAGUCAUUUGGUCGUGUCAACAACUAUACCAUCGAACCGUCUCAGGAACUGGUCGGUAUCGGCGUCACUAAUCUCCUUGGACCUUUUCUAGGUGCGUAUCCUGCCACUGGAUCCUUCUCCCGGACUGCCAUCAAGUCCAAGGCGGGUGUCCGGACUCCCUUGGCUGGCUGUAUCACCGCCAUCGUGGUGUUGCUCGCUAUUUACGCCUUGACUGCCGUCUUCUACUAUAUCCCUCAAGCCGCCCUUUCCGGUGUCAUUAUCCAUGCCGUCGGAGAUUUGAUCACCUCGCCCAACACCGUGUACCAAUUCUGGCGCGUCUCGCCCCUCGACGCAAUCAUCUUUUUCAUCGGCGUCAUAGUGACUGUUUUCACCUCGAUCGAAGAUGGAAUCUACUGUACCAUUUGUAUCUCGGUGGCCGUUCUUCUUUUCCGCGUUGCCAAGGCCCGUGGUCAGUUCCUUGGCCGGGUCACUAUUCACUCAGUCGUCGGCGAUCAUCUGGUGCAGGGAGAUGGCAAGUACGGGUCAGGUAAUUCCCCGAAUUCGCCCAACGACAACGAGGCCGGUUCACACCGUUCCAUUUUCCUUCCUCUCAAUCACACCGAUGGCUCGAACCCCGAGGUUGAGGUGGAACAGCCACUCCCUGGUAUCUUUAUCUACCGGUUCUCCGAGGGCUUCAACUACCCCAAUGCAAACCACUACACAGACUAUCUGGUUCGAUCCAUCUUCCGUCAGACGCGCCGCACGAAUCCUUUCUCUUACGCUCGCCCGGGUGAUCGCCCAUGGAAUGACCCCGGCCCUCGGAAGUCCAAGGCAGAGGAAAGUCGCUCGCAACGGCCUAUCCUCAGGGCUAUCAUCCUCGAUUUUUCGUCGGUCAACAAUGUGGAUGUGACAUCCAUCCAAAACUUGAUUGAUGUUCGUAACCAGCUUGAUCUCUAUGCCUCUCCUCGCACCGUGCAGUGGCACUUCGCUCAUAUCAACAACCGCUGGACGAAACGGGCGCUGGCAGCCGCAGGUUUCGGUUACCCGACGCCCACUUCCGAUGACGGAUUCCACCGGUGGAAGCCGAUAUUCAGCGUGGCUGAAAUCGAGGGAAGAUCGUCUGCUGCGGCCCAUGCGGAGAUGGUCAACAACGAACAGGCCCAUCAAAAUGCCAUCAAGCGUGACCUCGAGGAGGGCCUCAAGCAUGACACUCACAUGAUGGAGCGCGAGGCUUCGGGCAUCGAUAUUGAAGCGUCGUCCGAUAACAGCAGCACGCCGGAUGAUAAGCUACAGCGUGAUCUCAAGGAUAGCAAGGCCUAUCGCAAUCGGCGAAAGGUCGCGGUGGUGCAGGGCAUCAACCGGCCUUUCUUCCACAUUGAUCUCACGAGCGCGCUGGAGAGUGCCUUGGCCAAUUCUCCCCCGGAGGAGCCAAUUGAGGAGCCGAGCGCAUGAGCCGAUGACAGGCUGGCAUAAAAUAACUAGUCUCCCUGGUUGGAGCUUAUAGAUGAUUGUAUUUCGU